CUCUCCCGGAAGGUGUCCUGGGGUGGAGCUUGUGUGGGUCGCAAUCGUGGGAUAGUUUUCGCUCACUCGUCUUGGAAACCAAAAGGGCUAAGUGAAAAAGAAAAAAAACAAGCAACCUUUAGAAUUCCUGUGUCCAUUUCAAUCUUUUGUCAAGACUGUAAUCGCAAAUAACAGCAUGGGUGCAAAUGAAGAGAAGAAAGAAACAUGCGGAACCAUCUGCCUGAAAUACCUAUUGAUCACAUUCAAUGUCCUAUUUUGGCUCGCUGGGGGCGUUGUGAUGGGUGUGGGUGUUUGGACUUUGUUUGAAAAGAGCGACUACAUCAGCCUUCUCCCCUCCAUGACAUACGCCGCCUCUGCCUACAUACUGGUCCUCGCUGGAGCCAUCGUCAUGGUAACAGGCGUUCUGGGAUGCUGUGCCACCUUCAAGGAGCAGAGGAUGCUGCUGCGAGUGUAUUUUGUCCUGCUGCUGUGUAUUUUCCUGUUGGAGAUCCUUGCUGGUGUCCUGGCUUAUAUCUACUAUCGGCAGUUAAAUGAGGAGCUGAAACAGAACCUGAAGGAGACCAUGGUCCAGAAGUAUGAACAGAAGACUCAUGAGCAUGUGACCACUGCUGUGGAUAAACUGCAACAGGAGUUCAAGUGCUGCGGGAGCGACAAUUCAUCCGACUGGGAGAGGAGUGUCUGGAUCCGCUCCCAGGACGGAGACGGCAGGGUGGUGCCUGACAGCUGCUGUAAGACUCCAUCCUUGCUGUGUGGACGUGGGGGGCACCCGUCCAACAUCUACAAGGUUGAGGGUGGCUGUAUCUCAAAACUGGAGAAAUUUAUUCAGGACCACCUCAAGAUCAUUGGAGCAGUGGGUGUUGGGAUUGCCUGUGUACAGAUUAUCGGGAUGGUGUUUACGUGCUGCCUAUACCACCGUCUCAAGUCGGAGCCAUACUGAAGACAAAAAGGAGAUGCAUGAAGUCACCUCGUCGACAUGCUCAAAUAUCUCAUCACUUUUCUUGUGGAGGGAGGUGAUGGAUUAAUUAAUUGAUCUAUCUGAGUUUGUUUAAGUGGUCGGGGAGGAAAAACAAUUAUGGUUAUACAAUAAAUAAUUAGGCAUUCAAAUUAGAGUCUCAAGAUCACAGCACUUAGGAAAAACUGUUGGGAUUUUUGCCUCUGAAUAUUUUAUUUAGCCCUCUGUGGAAAUUCAAGGUACAAUAUGAUGUUAUGUCAUGCUAGUGUGGUGGCCUGAUUUGUGGGCUAAACCCCGGUAACAGAAUUUCUUAUUUUCCCAGCAUCACCAGCUACACAUUUUAACAAGCCCACUCGUUUGCAUGUUAACUAACCACUCAUACAUUUGUCUUCCAUGCCUUAUAAAUUACCAACCCUAAGUCGUACCACUGUUUUUUGUUUUUUUUUAUACUUUGUGAAUGUGAGCUAUAACUGCAGUUGAGCUUUUAUUGCCUAAUGUGUCUUCACAUAGCAACGUGCCACUGUUAGAUCAGACUCUUAUCCCCCCAGCGUGUUGGCAAGGACACUUUAUCUGCCAGACUGAUGGUACAAUGACUGCACCUUUCUCACCAGCAUAAGUGCACCAUCUUUGUAAUCACACAAUAGUGCCAGGAUUUUAACUAUUUAUAUCUCGUCUGACGUGCAAAGCUGACUUGAUAUUGUAAUGUGUGUUGCCUAUCAACAUUGCCAUUUUAUAUUUGACUGUAUUUUUUUUCUACCACUGAUGCCAAAAAUAGACACUGAAUGACCUCUGUGCGCAUCUACUGCUUUACCAAAUAAUCAGACAAAUCAAUGCUGUAUAUAGAUGAUCUUUUUAAGUUAAGAUUUUGUUUACUUUUCAUAUGAUCAAUGUUACAGUUUGACAGUGUGCAGAAUCAGGUACUGACAUUCUUUUGCAUCAGUAAUCUUGUUCCUCAAAAGCAUCUUGACCAACUAAUCAGGCACGAAUUUGCGUUUAAUAAAUAGCCAUCAAAAUCAAAAA